CGUGCGUUCGGGGAGUGAGUCGAGCUCCCAGCUCUCAGUCAUUCACUCAGCUCUCAGUCAUUCAACAGGAAGGAGUUGCUCAGCGCUGCACACGCAAACACACACACACAGACACACACACACAGAGACGCAGAGACUACAGCAAGACACCAGGCAACAGUAAAAGAAGCGAGAGCGCGACAGAGGACGCCAGACGUUCGAAGGCAGCGACGAGAAGAUGACCAUCGGCAAGAGGCAGAGCUCCGUCCGAAGCUCCAUCCGGGCCCCGAAGUUUCUGGACAAAUCCAGCGGCUUCUACGGUCGCCUGGAUGAGCCCGAGGUGGCACAGGAAGUGGAGGAGAACGGGAUGUGCGACACGAGCAGCCCGUCUUUGAGCAGCAAUUCUGGGGCUGAGGAGAGAGAAGAGGUCGAGGUGUUUGACUUCAACGAGGGCCUGAUGGAGGACGACGGCGAGACUCUCCUGCACAGGAAGUCCAGCCGCCGCAGCAGCCGGUGGAGGAGAAGCUCCAGGAGGAAGCAGAAGGAGGGGAGGGCCGAGGAGGAGCAGGCCAGGGAAGAGAGGCCGAGUCUGGGCACGGAGAGUCCCGUCGAGGACCCCGUCCCGGAGGACGGCUUUGUGAAGAUGGAGGAGGAGGAGGAGGAGGAGGAAAGUGAGAAGACGGGCACGGCGAAGGAGCCGGCGCUCGUCCACUUCCCGGUCCGGGAGGACGGGGACGACCAGGUCCUGAUCAGAGACAAGAAGAGAGGACGAGAGGAGGAAGGAGAGGAGGAGAGGAAGAUGAAGAAGGAGCAAGAGCAGGGGAUGAAGAUGGUGAAGAGGAAGACGGUGAAGACUUAUCGCAAGGCCCUGGACCGAGCCUUUCGCCGCGGCUGGGAGGCCUUCAUCACCAACCUCUACAGCGUCACGCUCGCGCCCGACGCCUCGUCCUCGCCACCGUCCUCCUCGCCCUCCACCAAGAGGAAGCACAACUCGGUGCUGGCUGAGUUUCAGUAGAGCUGGGCGACGACGACGAGAGCCCCGUUCAAUGUCGAAUUUGACUAAAUCAGGUUUACGCAGUGUUUUUCUCUUUUCUACGUAGAAAUGGACGAUAAUCCCGCCUCGAGGCCCGGGCUUCCACGUGUCCGGUCUGAGAAAGUUACAGAGUCUUAAUUACUCAUUGCAAUGUUUACUGACUCGUCGCGUCACCGUGCACGUUAAUUAAUUUGCUCACGCAGGUGUUUUCCCUUCACGAGCUGUUGAUUUGACACCGAAAGUCUCUGAGGCUUGAAUGGAAACAUCCCGGUUCAGCUUCUUCUGCGUCGCUAAUUUCAGUUUUUUUAAGUCGGAGGUGAAAGAACUUAGCGGCUCCUUACAUCUGUUCCACUGUUUCCUUUGGCUCCACAUUAUGAAACCACCGUGUUGAUGUGUGACCGAAAAGGAGCAGAAACCUUCCAGUGUGUCACGGUGACCGAUGAGUGGACUUUUGUUCCGGAGACAUUCCUGUUUCUGCGUGAUCAUCGGAGCAGCUAAUCAGUAAAUCAGUCGGGGGUUAAUGAGAGCAGGACACGCACGGUCCUGCCCGGGCCUGGUCAGGGACACAUUUUUUUUGUAUGAUACUAUUUAAGGAGACGUUUUAACCAUUUCUAAACUGCGUGUGCACAGAACUUCUUUAACUUUUGAGUUGUGGGACAGCUCGUUAGUGUCUUCCUCAUGAGAGGUGCGUGUUCGUCCUGGUGAAGGUUGUUAAACCUGACGGGACGGGACACAAGAGUGUGUGCGCGGGUGUUUAUUUGAGAACUUAAACAGAAAAAGUUUUUAUUGUACGAUUGCAGAUGAAUGUAAUGUUUUUUUUUGUUGUUGUUUUUGUAUGUGAAUAGUGCCAAAUCCUAAAUAUAAUAUAAAUAUAAUAAGUAAUUAUUGAUUUUUGUAGUUUAAGAUAAGUUUAAAAUAAAAUGUUUGAAACAAGUCUGCUGUAAUUUUUAAUUUUUUUUUAAUAUUACCUCAUGUGUGCUGAACCGUUGACUGAAUAAACCAGAGAAUAAAUACUUUUGUAUCUUAAUUAAACCUUUUUCUAGUGAUGAACCAUAAAAAACAUGCACUUUUCUUGUUAAACAAAGAGUAAUAUUGUA